AUGUUAGGAUAUGUUCGGAUUUUAUUAGUUUUGUUUGCCUUUUUAUUUUUAUCAAAUACACCAGUAUAUUUUAUAGUAUUUUAUAUUAUUUCUGCCUCAUUAGAUUGUAUAGAUGGAUAUACAGCUAGAAAAUUUCACCAGACUUCAAAAUUUGGAGCAUGGUUUGAUGUGAUAAUAGAUUUAUUUAGUCGAGGACUUUUAUGGUGUUCUUUAAGUCAUGUAAGAUAUGUUCGGAUUUUAUUAGUUUUGUUUGCCUUUUUAUUUUUAUCAAAUACACCAGUAUAUUUUAUAGUAUUUUAUAUUAUUUCUGCCUCAUUAGAUUGUAUAGAUGGAUAUACAGCUAGAAAAUUUCACCAGACUUCAAAAUUUGGAGCAUGGUUUGAUGUGAUAAUAGAUUUAUUUAGUCGAGGACUUUUAUGGUGUUAUUUAAGUCAUUGGGGAUAUCUUAUUAUAAUGGUUGAAUGGAUGACAUUUGUUAGCACACAUUCUAAUAGAGGACCAAAUUGGAAAGAAACUACCAAAGAUUUUCCAUUCAUUGUUCAAAAAGUUAUGUCUAAUGGUUUUCACAGUCCACUAGGAUCUAUAACAAUAGCAGGGUUACAUGUAUUACCUAUAUGGUUAUAUGGUUUACAAGAAAAUUUAUUAUAUUUUAUACCAAUAUAUCUACAGUAUUUUAUAUUACUUAUCUUAAUCAUAGGAAGACUAUUGUGUUUAAGAGUAGAGCUUUUUUAUAAUGAAAAAUAUAUAAAGUAUUUAUUAGAUGAGGAAAGACCAGAGACAAAUGGUAAUUAUAAAUCAAGAAAUGACUAG